AUGGAGGACGACAGUCAUGAAGAAAACCCUCCACCUACAUCGCGAUUCAGAAGUCCGGCCUUCAACAAAAAGGAAACUUGCGCAUUGCUCCAACUAAUUGAGAAGUAUAAAGUUGUUAUUUUGAACAAAUCGGUGACUUCAGCGGUUUGCCAAGCGAAAGACGCGGCUUGGACGAAGAUUGCUAAAGAAUUUAAUAAAAUGGGUUUUGAUAACCAAAGGCAAUCUGAAAGUCUUCGCACCAAGUGGGAAAACAUGAAAAGAGAUGCCCGUAGGCUGUCUAAAGAUGUCCUGGAUAGCAAAUUCGGCGAUUGCAGUGUCACAGCUAGAAUUGUUGGUCUUAUAUGUGAGGCAGAUAACAUGGGAGCUGUUGAUGGACCACUGGAUUUAAUUGACAAUGAAAUUGAGUGUAAUGAUAGUGAGUCUGAGGAGCAAAAAGAUACAACUAAUAACUUUAAAAAUAUAUUUGAUGAUGGUGCUGAGAGAAUGUCUGAAAUUGAAUCUGGCGAUGAUGAUGGUGCAAGAAACAAAAAGCGUCGUUCCCUAAACUUUUCGCCGCAAGAAUGUCGAGUACUUCUGCAGUGUGUACGCAAAGAGAAGAAAUUCGUUUUCUGUAAGGAAGCAACUCUCAAGGCUAAAGAAUUAAAAAAUUCAGCUUGGUCUAGGAUAACAAACGCUUACAACAAAUUAAGUCCACAAAAAAGGUCAACAAAAACACUACGAAUAAAGUUCGACAAUAUGAAAACACGUGCGAAACGCGCUGGCGAUGAAUACUUUCGGGGCAUUAAAAGAAAGAAACAUGAAAAAUUAGUUGAAGAUAGUUUUAGCAAAAUCAAGAAGGAACCAGUACGAGAAUACAAGGUAGACUCCGAAUCAGAAAACGCAGACAUGGAUGAAACAGAAUUUAGCAACCAUGAUAGUCCAUUGGAAACCUAUGGUGACUUCACAGCUGACCCUCUCAGCUCUGUGCUUAACGGAGAUUCUGGUAUAGGUUCUACCAACAUGGGUACUGUCAAUAAUACUGAAAAUAAAGAAAUUAUAAAAUUAAAAACUGAACUGUUGAACUAUCAACUUGAAACUGCUAAGUUAGAAAGACGAAAAAUAGAAAAUGCAAUCCAAGAAGAGACAAAGAACUGCCAAAUCCGAGCAAUAGAGCGUGCAUUAAGACUGCGCACGGCGCGAUUGGAAGCCAUCGCGGCCGAAGCGCGAUUGCCGCGGGCGCAUCUAGCACUACAUUUUACGCCCGAGGAAGCGCACGCGCAGAAUUAUCUGGCGCAGUACCAGCACGAAAUCAACUAAUUGUAAGAUGCUUAUAUAAAAUGUUUGCGCAAAUUACAUUAUGUAAGGCCGUGAUAUGUUCAAAAGCAACUUGGAAAACUACGGAAUACAUCUAUUUAUAAUUCUUCAAUGGUAAUGCCGGCUACAUGUGAUCCAAUGUAAUUUGCGUAUAACGUUUAUUUUAAUUUGAUUCCAAAUUGAGGGCGACAGUGUUGCGCGGUUUUAUUGAAGUCGUAAAAGUUUAACACGCCCAUAAAAAUAUUAUGUCGUAACUCGCAAUAGACACCACAGUAGGCUGACCGUUGUGUUCAGUUAUAGUACUAUUUUCUAAACUCCGAACUUCGAAGCUAUUCAAUUUUUAUCAAUACACCAUCACGAACAAACUUAUAUAUUUAUUCUUCAUUAUCUUGAAAUACGAUUACGAUUGGAACAUAAUAAUCCCUACUUAUAAUAACAAAAUAACCGAUAAUGGAAAUGACGCAAUUGCUUUCUAACAACAAUACGCACAAAGUACCUGAUGCCCUUGAAAUAUAUGCAACAAUAAUGCACCUACACGAAAUAUAAUACAUUAAUUAUUUAUUACACAUGCAUAUAAUUUAUCGCUUUUUGUAAAAUAUAUUUUUUAUUUUAUUUUGUUUAUUUCGCACAAAACAAUCAAUCGAAACCUCAGUAUUAGUUCCAUUUAAAGAAGAAAAUAUUCCGCCUGGGUGGCAAACUAGGGGAUGAAUCCGUUUUCGCGCACUUUCCGUAACCAAUUCCCAUAAAACUUGGCAAAUAGAUGUAAUUC